AUGGCGAAUGUCGUCGAGUUUUACAUGGAAAUGCCACCGGUUACUCGGGUUUACACAACGGCUUGUGUUCUGACCACUUUGGCAAUUCAACUAGAAUUCGUGACGCCAUUCCAGCUUUACUUCAAUUGGGACUUGAUUGUUAGACAAUAUCAGUUUUGGCGACUCGUGACUUCUUUUUGCUUUUUUGGAUCAUUCGGUUUCAACUUUUUAUUUAAUAUGAUUUUUACAUACAGGUAUUGUCAAAUGUUAGAAGAGGGAUCUUUUCGGGGUCGCAGAGCCGAUUUUGUUUAUAUGUUUUUGUUGGGAGGAAUUUUGAUGAUUAUUUGCGGAAUAUUUGUACAAAUUUUGUUCCUUGGACACGCAUUCACAAUGAUGUUAGUUUAUGUUUGGAGUCGUCGAAAUCCGCAUAUCAGAAUGAACUUCUUUGCUGCUCUCACUUUUAAUGCUCCUUAUUUACCUUGGGUGUUACUCUUCUUUUCAGUGCUUCUCGGAAAUAAUACAAUGGUUGAUUUUCUUGGGAUCGCUUGUGGACAUUUGUAUUUUUUCUUGGAGGACGUUUUUCCUCAUCAACCGAACGGAAUUCGAUUACUUGAGACUCCUCGUUGGUUAAAGUAUUUAUGCGACGAGCCUCAAUUGGAAUUCGUGCCAGAAGAUGAGCGACCCGGUGGAAUGGAAUGGGGAGCACAAGAAGAA